AUGCCGGGAUCAUCCCCGCGCAGGUUGGAGGCACUCGCCCUGUGCUUCCUCGUGUUCCUGUUACCGGGCGUCUCCGGAUGUGGAGGCAACCUGACGGCUCCCUCUGGAGGUCCUGUCACGUCACCGAACUACCCAAGUAACUAUGGCAACGGCCAGAACUGCGAGUGGCUGAUCACCGUCCCGGCAGGAAGCACGAUCCGUCUCACGUUUGACAGCUUCGACGUGGAGCAAGAUUAUGACUUUCUGCGCAUCUACGAUGGAGACAGUGCAAGUGCGGCGGCGUUACAGGAGUUAACGGGUCUGCAGUCAGUCAGCCCUAUCGCCAGCACAUCUAACGUGAUGUUCCUGAGGUUCACAUCUGACAAAAGUAAAGAACGCCAGGGGUUCAGUUUCUCCUACACAAGUCACAAUCCGUCUGGUAAGGAGUACAUUGUGUUGUUCCUGUUACCGGGCGUCUCCGGAUGUGGAGGCAACCUGACGGCUCCCUCUGGAGGCCCCGUCACGUCACCGAACUACCCCAGUAACUAUGGCAACGGCACGAACUGCGAGUGGCUGAUCACUGUCCCGGCAGGAAGCACGAUCCGUCUCACGUUUGACAGCUUCGACGUGGAGCAAGAUUAUGACUUUCUUCGCAUCUACGAUGGAGACAGUGCAAGUGCGGCGGUGUUACAGGAGUUAACGGGUCCGCAGUCAGUCAGCCCUAUCGCCAGCACAUCUAACGUGAUGUUCCUGAGGUUCACAUCUGACAAAAGUAAAGAACGCCAGGGGUUCAGUUUCUCCUACACAAGUCACAACACGUCUGUAAUCCCUACAUCGCCCUUUACGACUGUGGAGAACAACACCCCACAGGCCCCCGCAAGUACGACUGUGGAGAACAGCAUUCCACAGGCCAUCACAGGAACGACUGUGGAGAACCGUACCUCACAGGCCCCCGCAAGUACGACUAUGCAGUACAACACCACACAGGACCCUGCAAGCACGGCUGUGGAGAACAGCACCCCACAGGUCACCAAAAGUACGACUGUGGAGAACAGCACCCCACAGGUCACCAAAAGUACGACUAUGGAGAACAGCACCCCACAGGCCACCACAGGUACGACUAUGGAGAACAGAACCGCGCAGGACCCCGCAACUACGACUAUGCAGUACAACACCACACAGGACCCCGCAAGCACGGCUUUGGAGAACAGCACCCCACAGGCCACCAAAAGUACGACUAUGGAGAACAGCAUGCCACAGGUCACAACAGGUAUGACUGUGGAGAACAGCACCCCACAGGCCACCACAGGCACGACAGUGGAGAACAGCACCCCACAGGCCACCACAGGCACGACUUUGGAGAACAGCACCCCACAGGCCACCACAGGAACGACUGUGGAGAACCGUACCUCACAGGCCACCACAGGAACGACUGUGGAGAACAGAAAGACUGUGGAGAACAGCACCCGACAGGCCACCACAAGUACGACUGUGGAGAACAGCACCCCACAGGCCACCACAGGUACGACUGUGAAGAAAAGUCUCUCAGAGGUCGCCACAGGUACGACUAUGGAGAACAGCACCCCACAGGCCCCCGCAAGUAUGAGUAUGCAGUACAACACCACACAGGACCCUGCAAGCACGGCUGUGGAGAACAGCACCCCACAGGUCACCAAAAGUACGACUGUGGAGAACAGCACCCCACAGGUCACCAAAAGUACGACUAUGGAGAACAGCACCCCACAGGCCACCACAGGUACGACUAUGGAGAACAGAACCGCGCAGGACCCCGCAACUACGACUAUGCAGUACAACACCACACAGGACCCCGCAAGCACGGCUUUGGAGAACAGCACCCCACAGGCCACCAAAAGUACGACUAUGGAGAACAGCAUGCCACAGGUCACAACAGGUAUGACUGUGGAGAACAGCACCCCACAGGCCACCACAGGCACGACAGUGGAGAACAGCACCCCACAGGCCACCACAGGCACGACUUUGGAGAACAGCACCCCACAGGCCACCACAGGAACGACUGUGGAGAACCGUACCUCACAGGCCACCACAAGUACGACAGUUGAGAUCAGCACCCGACAGGCCACCACAAGUACGGCUGUGGGGAACAGCACUCCAGAGGCCCCCGCAAGUACGACUGUGAAGAACAGCACCCCACAGACCUUCGCAAAUACGACUGUGGAGAACAGCAGCCCAGAGGCCACCACAGGUACAACUGUUGAGAACAGCAGCACACAGGCCCCCGGAAGUACGACUGUGGAGAACAGCACCCCACAGGCCUCCGCACGUACGACUGUGGAGAACAGCACCCCACAGGCCCCCGCAGGUACGACUGCGGAGAACAGCACCCCACAGGCCACCUCAGGUACGACUGUUGGGAAUAGCACCCCACAGGCCCUAACAGGUACGACUGUGAAGAACAACACCCCACAGUUCACCACAGGUACCACUUUGGGAAACAGCACCCCUCAGGUCCUAACAGUUCACCACAGGUACCACUUUGGGAAACAGCACCCCUCAGGUCCUAACAGGUACGACUGUUGA